GCUUCGAAGAAGGGUCCAUUGCCCAAAACGUCGCAUAUUAUACAUGUCAAGGAAGUGUUAUUGACGACGGUGGAGGGUUUUCUUCGUCGCAGAGGUUAAAGGUGGAAGGUUUAAGGCGGAGCCAUCGCGGAGGGCAGGGGUGGUCGGUGACGUCGCCACGCUUCGGGUAUAAAGGCGGCUGCUGCUGCAAGCUGAGCGCGCAGUCUCUCGCGAGGAGCUUUGUCACAAGUAGUCGCAAUGUCUGGACGCGGUAAAGGCGGUAAGGGGCUCGGCAAGGGAGGCGCAAAACGCCAUCGCAAGGUGCUGCGCGACAACAUCCAGGGCAUCACCAAGCCCGCCAUCCGCCGCCUCGCUCGCCGCGGCGGUGUGAAGCGCAUCUCGGGCCUCAUCUACGAGGAGACCCGCGGCGUCCUGAAGGUCUUCCUUGAGAACGUCAUCCGCGACGCCGUCACCUACACGGAGCACGCCAAGCGCAAGACCGUCACCGCCAUGGACGUGGUCUACGCCCUCAAGCGCCAGGGCCCACGCGCCCCUUCUUCGCACGUCACGACUCCGCUGACCACCAUGGCUCGCACCAAGCAGACGGCUCGCAAGUCCACGGGCGGCAAGGCCCCCCGCAAGCAACUCGCCACCAAGGCGGCCCGAAAGAGCGCUCCGGCCACGGGCGGCGUCAAGAAGCCUCACCGCUACAGGCCCGGCACCGUCGCUCUGCGCGAGAUCCGCCGCUACCAGAAGUCCACCGAGCUGCUCAUCCGCAAACUGCCCUUCCAGCGCCUCGUCAGGGAGAUCGCGCAGGACUUCAAGACCGACCUGCGCUUCCAGAGCUCCGCUGUCAUGGCUCUGCAGGAGGCCAGCGAAGCGUACCUUGUCGCGCUCUUCGAGGACACCAACCUGUGCGCCAUCCACGCCAAGCGCGUCACCAUCAUGCCCAAGGACAUUCAGCUCGCCCGCCGCAUUCGUGGCGAGCGCGCUUGAACGCCCAGCUCGGCCCUCAAAGCACAACACAAAGGCUCUUUUCAGAGCCACCACUUACUCGUGAGAAAGCUUCCAUGUGUGUCCUUCAAAGUUCGGGUGCCGGAAACCUUCGGUUGCUGGUCACGAGUCGUCAGGCGUAAGCGACAAUGAAGUUCAUUUUCUAUACCCCGCCGCUCGUAUUUUUCAACAUCACACGUUGGUGUUGUAUAUAAGCGUUGUGAAACCAUGUUUACAUAGUGUACAACAAAAGGGUUAUUUUGGUGAAAUGUAUUUUACCUCAGAGUCGCGUGGUGGGUGUGGAGGCCUCGCACCGCGCAGAGCCUCCCGCCUCGCCUGAUUUUGCCACCCGGCUGACGCUGGGUACGGGUGCCGUUUCCCCCCCCCCCCCCCCCGCGCUUCAAUAAUACUGUGUAAUCGCUAUAAUUUAAUAAUCUACCGACCCUAUAUUAGUAAUAGCACACAUUGUGGUGGGGGGGGGGGAGUAAAGAGGACGUGAAACUUAGAUGAAUUUACCUCAGAGUCGCGUGUUAAUGCGUGCGCCUAUUUUUAACGGGAAUUAAAGAUGGCGUCCACCCCGCAACUGCUAGCCCGUCGCUAGCCGUUGCCAGGGGCAACCGGCGUCACUAGCCGUUGCCAGGGGCAACCGGCGU